AUGUACUUGUUGGGAUAUCUUGCCAGCCAAAGUAGGGUUUAUUUGAUUGACAAAGAAUUCAAUGUUGUGGGCUACACACUCCUUUUAAGCUUGAUUGAGUACAAGACUCUUGUGAUGCGUGGUGAUUUGGAAAGGGCUAAUGAAAUUCUACCAUCAAUUCCAAAUGAGCAUCAUAAUAGUGUGGCUCAUUUCCUGGAAUCACGAGGCAUGAUAGAGGAUGCUAUUGAAGUUGCUACUGACCCUGAGUACAGAUUUGAUCUUGCCAUACAGCUUGGAAGAUUAGAGGUUGCAAAGGCUAUUGCUAUAGAAGUGCGGAGUGAGUCUAAAUGGAAACAGUUGGGGGAAUUAGCUAUGUCUAGUGGAAAGUUAGAAAUGGCUGAGGAGUGUUUAGAACAUGCAAUGGAUUUGAGUGGAUUGUUGCUUCUAUAUUCUUCAUUAGGAGAUGCUGAAGGAAUAUCAAAACUUGCAAUUCUUGCUAAAGAGCAAGGAAAGAACAACGUUGCUUUCCUUUGCUUAUUUAUGUUGGGUAAACUUGAAGAUUGCCUUCAGUUGUUGGUAGAAAGCAAUCGGAUUCCAGAGGCUGCUUUGAUGGCUCGAUCGUAUCUUCCAAGCAAGGUCUCAGAGAUAGUGGCAAUAUGGAGAAAAGAUCUCGGCAAGGUUAAUCCAAAAGCUGCUGAAUCUUUGGCUGAUCCUGAGGAGUAUCCUAAUUUGUUUGAAGAUUGGCAAGUUGCACUUGCUGUUGAAUCUAAAGCUUCAGAAACAAGGGGCGUUUACCUUCCUGCAGAGGAAUAUCUUAACCAUGCUGAUAAAUCACAUGUCACUCUUGUUGAAGCUUUCAGAAAGAUGCAGAUAGAAGAAGGGGAUCAGCCUCUUGAGAAUGGGGACUCUAAUCAUGAGUUGACCGAACAAAAUGGAGAAGAGGAUUAUAUAGCGGGGCACAGAGAACAAAAUGGAGAGGAAGGAAGCCAAGAGGAUGAAGUUGUAGUGGAUGCUGAUUCUACUGAUGGUGCAGUUCUCGUUAAUGGCAACGAGGCUGAUGAAGAGUUGAGUACGAAUAAAGAAGGAGCCCCGUCAGCGUAA